AUGUGGACAAACACUUUCAAAUGGUGCAGCAAAACUGAAAAGGAAACCACCACUGCAGAUGCCAAAGUAUGUGCUAGCAUGCAGGGCCUGAAGGCCCUGCAGCAGCAGAUCAUGGAUAACACCACCGUGCGUGGGUCUGUUAAUAACACGAUGACUCCAGGCGGGAUUAACCAGUGGCACUUCCACAAUAAGCGUGCAAACAAAGUUUGCACGCCUACUGUGCUAAUUCAUGGAUACGCUGCCUCGUCGAUGGCGUUUUACAGGACGUUUGAGAACCUCUCAGACAACGUUAAAGAUCUAUAUGCCAUCGACCUGCCAGCCAACGGUGCCUCGGAGGCGCCAGCGUUACAAGUGAACAAAACCAAGAAGGUGAAAUCGCUUAGAUUUAAGCACAUAGAAGAUGACGUGGUCAUCCCCGUACUAGAGAAGCGCCCCCCAGCAGAAGACAUUAAGUCGCAUCUGGAGCAGUACGAAAACUACUUUGUAGACAGGAUAGAGCAGUGGCGGAAGGACAACAAGCUCCGCAAGAUAAACGUGGUGGGCCAUUCGUUUGGAGGAUACAUUUCGUUCAAAUACGCGCUUAAAUACCCUAACUCCAUCGAAAAACUGUGUCUCAUAUCUCCUCUAGGCGUGGAAAACAGCAUACAUGCUAUCACUCACAAAUGGGAACCCAACACCACCUACCCACUCACGUUUACCGACCCAUCCUCCCGAUAUUAUACAAGAAAACUGAACGUACCGCGGUUUAUCUUCGAAAACCAGCUAAACGUUUUGAAAUGGAUGGGGCCUAUAGGCUCCAAACUGUGCUCAAACUACAUCUCCACCGCAUACGUAAAAGUACCCGAUCAGAUAUACAAGGACUAUCUUUUACAUUCAUUUGUGGGCAAGAACCAGACGGUGCAACCACAAACAAUCAAAGUGUUCACACAUUUGUUUGAAAGAAACCUGAUCGCUAGAGAUCCAAUAAUAAACAACGUUGGUUUUUUGAAUCCAGCAACGCCCGUCAUGUUCAUGUACGGUGAGCACGAUUGGAUGGAUAAGUAUGCGGGCUACUUGACUACUGAAUCGAUGCUAAAAAAUAAAGCGAAGGCUAGUUAUGUCGAAGUCCCAGAUGCUGGUCAUAACCUAUUCCUGGACAACCCGCAUCACUUCACCUCUUCUUUGGUCUCGUUCCUUUCCAAAUAA